AUGCAAAAGCGAUUGCUGGAAAACUACGAGCAGCAAUCGCGUAUCCAAUCCAUUGAAGACAUUCUCCAAAGAGCUCUCGGAGGAUGGUCUCAUUCCUUCUCUCACUCUCAUGAAUUCCAUGGACAUCAUCACGGAGGCUUGCUGGAAGGAGGCGGAUUCAACCCUUAUGGCGGAUACUAUCACGGAAACCAUUGGGGAAGAAAGAAGUUAAUGAAAUGA